AUGAAUAAUCCAAAAAUUAAGCGCAAAAUUGGUAAGUACGAGAUCGGGCGGACGAUCGGCGAGGGCACGUUUGCGAAAGUGAAGUUUGCUAGAAAUUCUGAGAAUGGACACCCUGUGGCUAUCAAGAUUCUUGACAAGGACAAGGUCCUUAAACAUAAAAUGGCAGAACAGAUUAGAAGGGAGAUAGCCACGAUGAAGUUGAUAAAGCAUCCCAAUGUUAUACAAUUGCAUGAGGUUAUGGCGAGCAAGACCAAGAUAUUCAUUGUUUUGGAGUUUGUCACUGGGGGAGAGCUUUUUGAUAAAAUUGUAAACAAUGGACGAAUGCGAGAAGACGAAGCAAGAAAGUACUUUCAGCAACUUAUUAAUGCCGUUGAUUACUGUCAUAGCAGGGGAGUCUUCCACAGGGACCUAAAGCCUGAAAAUUUACUGCUAGAUGCUGCUGGAAACCUCAAAGUUUCUGAUUUUGGAUUAAGUGCUCUCUCCCAGCAAGUCAGGGGUGAUGGUCUGUUGCAUACUGCCUGCGGCACACCAAAUUAUGUUGCACCGGAGGUCCUUAACGAUCGAGGCUAUGAUGGAGCACCUGCAGACCUGUGGUCCUGUGGGGUCGUACUCUUUGUAUUGCUCGCAGGUUACUUGCCUUUUGAUGAUUCUAAUCUUGUGAACUUGUAUAAAAAAAUUUCUUCUGCUGAAUUCACUUGCCCUCCUUGGCUUCCAUUUGGAGCCAUGAAGUUGAUUGCCCGAAUCCUCGAACCAAAUCCCCUUAAACGCAUCACUGUAGCUGAGAUUUUGGCAGAUGAGUGGUUUAAGAAAGACUACAAACCACCAAUGUUUAAUGAAAAAGAAGAUACAAAUUUGGAUGACGUAGAAGCUGUGUUUAGAGACUCUGAGGAAUAUCAUGUGAAGGAGAAAAAGGAGGAGCAGCCGACUGCAAUGAACGCCUUUGAGUUGAUUUCAAUGUCGAAAGGUCUCAAUCUUGAAAAUCUAUUUGAUGCAGAACAGGAGUUCAAGAAGGAAACGAGGUUCACGUCUAGAUGCUCAGCCAAUGAGAUCAUCUCUAAAAUUGAACAAGCUGCAAAGCCGCUCGGUUUUGGCGUUCAGAAAAAUAACUACAAGAUGAGACUUGAGAAUUUAAAAGCAGGAAGGAAAGGCAAUCUUAAUGUUGCUACUGAGGUUUUCCAAGUUUGCCCUUCUUUGCAUAUGGUGGAGGUUAGAAAAGAUAAGGGGGACACUUUGGAGUUCAACAAGUUCUAUAAGAAGCUGUCGAGCAGCCUUGAGGACGUAGUUUGGAAAACCGAAGAGGAGAUGCAACAAGUGAUGUAG